UUGUUCUAGAGUUUUUUUUUAACUUUAUAAUAUCGAAGAACUAUGCAGGCGGUACAAAGCAUAAAGGAUGGAAUUUGGAAUCUACCCAGCACGGUAAACAGUUUCCUCGGUCGAGAAGAAAUGACUAAUACAGCUCCAGAAGAUAUUGAUACUAGCGAUAACAACAAUAACAAUGCCGGUAUCGAGAAUGCAUCCAACGGAGGCGAAACUGAUGAUGACAUCGCUGAUAACAGUCCUUCCGAGACAGAAGCGGAGGAAGCGGCCUUGGAAUCGACGGUGUCGAUAAACUCGCCAAUCCUUUGUGACGAAAAUGAUUUGCUCAGUGGAUCCCAUGCAAUACCGUUUGCUUUAAUAAAGGAAGAGUGGCAGCUUGUGCUGGACUGUGAUGCGUCCAUUCCGCAAAUCGAAUCGGCCAUCACGAAGUGCAAGGAUCUGGUAUUACGCACUAGUUCUGCAACGGAAACUGAAAAUCGGAAUUGGCUCGUUCGGCAUCUUAUUGAACUCCGGCAUCGACUGAAAGAGCUUCAGGAUGUUCAUGACGAUCCUGAUACGGUACCGACCGGAAUGAAAGUCAUUUUGGGUCAUCAUUUUGUAGCGCAUAAAAGUUAUCCCAAAUGUAAGGUUUACUGCGAUCAUUGCUCCGGGAUUGUUUGGAACGUAAUGCAGGCGUCCUACCGUUGCAGCGAUUGCUCAUUCACUGUUCACCACAAGUGUAUACGAAAUGUGAUAAGAAUUUGUGCGCACGUUAUCACUGCAGAGCAUAAUUCACCCAUCGAAUGCAUUUGUCCGGAAAUUGGUCUCGCUUUUCAAAAGUAUACCUGUGCCGAAUGUGGAUCGCAACUUAGUUGUAAUGAUUCAAGCGCAAUUGGUUGCUUCGGCAUUGAACUUAAAGCGGAAAAACUUAUUUCAAUCCAGCCACGAUUAUGCGACUACUCAGGGCUUUACUACUGCUCGGUGUGCCACUGGAACGAUACCAUCGUUAUUCCGGCUCGGAUAAUGAACAACUGGGAUUUCAAACCGCGUAAGGUUUGCCGAGCAUCCCUACAGCAGAUUCGUUUGCUAUACAAACGCCCAAUCAUUGAUCUUGAACAAAAAAAUCCGCGCUUAUUUGCUUUGGUUUCCAAGCUUAGCAUAACGAAACGAUUCCGUCAGAAGCUCCAGCAUAUGCGACGAUAUUUAACGGUUUGUCGGAUUGCGGAAGAAUUACGUUUGGUUAGAGAAACUAUCGGUAGUAGGAGGCAUCUAAUGCAGUCGGAUAAUAUGUACAGUGUAGCGGAUUUAGUCGGAAUAGAAAACGGUACUUUACUGAACUUUUUACAUACCGCCCAUGGCGCAUUUGAGCGACACAUUCGAAACUGUUUGAUAUGCUCUGGAAAAGCGUACAUAUGUGAAAUAUGCAAUAAUGAUGAAGUUAUUUUUCCCUUCGACGAUGAUGCUGUUUCGUGCGCCCAGUGCAGUUCUGUCACUCAUCGGCAAUGCCAGAUGAGAAAAAAGAUGCAAUGCCAGAAAUGCGUCCGCCUCCGUGUACGAGAACAGCGGCUGCUAAAUGAAAUUUUGGAUGCUGCUAACGGAAAUUAAAUUAUCAACGAAAGCUUAAUAGUAAUCGCACAGCAACUUGAAACUAAUUGUGAAGAAAUCGCACUGCUAUAGUGUUCCAAACUCUCAAGUGUGGAAGUCGUUAAU